GUCUAGAGACUACAAGUUGAACAUUUACUAAUAGUCUAAAGACGAUAUUGAAAAAAUAAAAAGUCAAAAAAAUAAUACGGUACAUCGGAUCAAAUUUCGAAGGUCAUUUGCGUACAUUUUCUCAACGUGCUUUGGGGCCAAAAUUGAGUUAACAAACGACUUUAUCUUAAUUUUUUUUUCCCCCAAACGGUACAAACGACUAUAUAAUUUGAAGUUUUCACCACCCAAACAAUAAUCCGCACAAUCCAGCACCAGCCAAUAACUUUCUGCCUAAUCUCCACGUGUCACAUCCAAUAACCGGAGGGAGCAUCGUCUACCUCAACACCAAACCAGAGAAGCUCACAUUCGCCAUCAACCAUGAGAGCAUCACCACUCCACUCUCCCAUUCGCUGCUCUUCCACAAACCCAUCGCCGCCGCCGCCGCCGCCGCCAUCUUCCCUCUCAACCUCCACCACAACCCAAUUGGCCACAAAGCUCCCCAAGAGCCUCCUCCACAAACACCCACUCUACACCCCAACCCACCCCCACAUCUCCCUCCAGUUCAAGGAGAAGAUCCUCUGCCUCGAGAUCAUGGGCGUCGACGCGAGCCGGGCCCUCGCCCUCAACCCGUCCCUCCGUGGCGCCUCCCUCGACUCCAUCCACUCCGUUGUCUCCUUCCUCCAGUCCAAGGGCAUCCACCAGAAGGACCUGGCCCGGAUCUUCGGUAUGUGCCCCAAUCUCCUCACUGCGGACAUCGAAUCCGACCUUUGCCCCGUCCUCGGUUUCCUGUCCCGGGACCUCCGCGUCCCCGACCAUGACUUCCGGAGGCCCAUCAACAAGUGUCCGAGGCUGCUGGUGUCGAGCGUCCGAGACCAGCUCAGGCCUGCUCUGUUUUACCUCCAGAGGCUUGGCUUCCGGGACCUCCAUGCCCUGGCCUACCAGGACCCGAUCCUGCUGGUGUCCAGCGUGGAGAACACGCUGAUCCCGAAGCUCAAGCACCUGGAGAGCCUCGGGUUCUCGCGGGGCGAGGCGGUCGGGAUGGUCCGGAGGUGCCCUGCCCUGUUCACCUUCAGCAUCGAGAACAACUUCAAGCCGAAGUUCGACUACUUCUCUGUGGAGAUGGGGGGGAGGCUGGAGGAGCUGAGGGACUUCCCUCAGUACUUCGCCUUCAGCUUGGAGAAGAGGAUAAAGCCGAGGCACAUGGAAGUGGUCAAGAGUGGGGUUAGAUUGGCCUUGCCUGUGAUGCUCAAGAGCACCGAUGAGGAGUUCGGCGAGCUGAUAGGGCAGGGACUUGAUGGAGCUGGAUGAGGCUGUGGGUCCCUUCAUCUUCUUCUUUGUCUGUACAUUGCUUUCGUAUGGAUACCAGAAGAGAAAAAGUUCGUUCCACUAUUUAAUCUGCUUUCAAAAUCGAGAUUCGAACUCCUGAAUAAAUUUCGGAUACGUCUCAGAUUGGACCGACAAAAUCAUCCAAGAUAACGAAAGCAUUAGAAUGAGCAAUGCUAGGAAUUGUGAAGAAAAACGGUUCAAAAAUUAGUUAAAGUCCGUAUUU